GGUCAUGUGACGUGUUUGUGCGUAGAUGAAGCAGACGAGCUGGUGGACGCCAUCACAGCCACGAAAGAGAGCGUUCAGUAUGACCAUCCCAACCACACCGUCACCGUGACGACCAUCAGCGACCUCGACCUAUCAGCAGACAGAUUACUGGAGCCAGAUCAGAGAAAUGAAGAGCGUGAGGAGGAGAAGGAUGGUGAAAAAAUACAGGCCCGCCCGAAGACAGCUGGAAACCCCCUCAUGUCUGAAAAGAUCCAGAGGCUCACGGCGUCACUGAACAGUCUCUCUAAACAGAAGAAGAAGAGGAGGAAGCGGAAGCCCAAAGAGGAAAUGAGGCGGAGAAACCAUCAGAGCGACUGGAAGUCAUCACCAUUCACUCACAACAAGAAGUUGCGGAAGGCAAAAUCCACCAAAGCACAGAGACGCAAAUGGACGGGCCAGAACGAGCGCAACCAGGACUGAUGAAUGCCAGACUCGCGGGAGAAUAGUAGCGAUUAGUCGACCGGCGCAUCGCUAAACUCACGAACUCUCUAUGCUCGAUGCUACGCUGAUGUGUUUGUGUUUUACAUGUUUGAUGCUUUAAGGACAUUAAAAAAGGAAUGUUUCAUCA